GCAAGCCGGCUGGCAUGUAUCCAGACCCACAGGACUGCACUAUGUUCUACCAGUGCACGGGUGACCUAAAUAACCCGGUUCCUGUGCACAAAGACUGUGCCCCAGGAACGCUCUUUGACUGGAGCCUCUCUGUCUGCACCUUGACAUCGCAUUGUGUAACGUCUCCUCAAACAACCCCUCCACCACCGAAUGCGGUUCCCACAACUAUUCCAACAACAAAUGCGGAUCCCACAACUGUUCCAACAACAAAUGCGGAUCCCACAACUGUUCCAACAACAAAUGCGGACCCCACAACUGUUCCAACAACAAAUGCGGACCCCACAACUGUUCCAACGACAAAUGCGGAUCCCACAACUCUUCCGACAACAAAUGCGGACCCCACAACUCUGCCAACAACAAAUGCAGACCCCACAACUGUUCCAACAACAAAUACGGACCCCACAACUCUGCCAACAACAAAUGCAGACCCCACAACUGUUCCAACAACAAAUGCGGGCUCCACAACUCUUCCACUAGCAAAUGCGGGCACCAUAACUCUGCCACCAGCAAAUGCGGGCCCCACAACUCCUCCAUCAGCAAAUGCGAACCCCACAACUCCUCCAUCAGCAAAUGCGAACCCCACACCUCUGCCACCAGCAAAUGCGGGCCCCACAACUCCUCCAUCAGCAAAUGCGAACCCCACAACUCCUCCUUCAGCAAAUGCGGGCCCCACAACUCCUCCAUCAGCAAAUGCGAACCCCACACCUCUGCUACCAGCAAAUGCGAACCCCACAACUCCUCCAUCAGCAAAUGCGAACCCCACACCUCUGCCACCAGCAAAUGCGGGCCCCACAACUCCUCCAUCAGCAAAUGCGAACCCCACAACUCCUCCUUCAGCAAAUGCGGGCCCCACAGCUCCUCCAUCAGCAAAUGCGAACCCCACAACUCCUUCAUCAGCAAAUGCGGGCCCCACAACUCUGCCACCAGCAAAUGCGGGCCUCACAACUCUUCCAUCAGCAAAUGCGGGCCUCACAACUCUUCCACUAGCAAAUGCAGACCCCACAACUCCUCCAUCAGCAAAUGCGGGCCCCACAACUCCUUCAUCAGCAAAUGCGGGCCCCACAACUCCUCUAUCAGCAAAUGCGGGCCCCACAACUCUGCCAUCAGCAAAUGCGAACCCCACAACUCUGCCACCAGCAAAUGCGGGCCUCACAACUCCUCCAUCAGCAAAUGCGGGCCCCACAACUCUGCCAUCAGCAAAUGCGAACCCCACAACUCCUCCAUCAGCAAAUGUGGGCCCCACAACUCCUCCAUCAGCAAAUGCGGGCCCCACAACUCUGCCAUCAGCAAAUGCGAACCCCACAACUCUGCCACCAGCAAAUGCGGGCCUCACAACUCCUCCAUCAGCAAAUGCGGGCCCCACAACUCUGCCAUCAGCAAAUGCGAACCCCACAACUCCUCCAUCAGCAAAUGCGGGCCCCACAACUCUGCCAUCAGCAAAUGCGAACCCCACAACUCUGCCACCAGCAAAUGCGGGCCUCACAACUCCUCCAUCAGCAAAUGCGGGCCCCACAACUCUGCCAUCAGCAAAUGCGAACCCCACAACUCCUCCAUCAGCAAAUGUGGGCCCCACAACUCCUCCAUCAGCAAAUGCGAACCCCACACCUCUGCCACCAGCAAAUGCGGGCCUCACAACUCUUCCAUCAGCAAAUGCGAACCCCACAACUCCCCCUUCAGCAAAUGCGGGCCCCACAACUCUGCCAUCAGCAAAUGCGAGCCCCACAACUCUUCCACUAGCAAAUGCGGGCUCCAUAACUCUGCCAUCAGCAAAUGCGAACCCCACAACUCUUCCAAAUCACAAUAAUGUGCCAACGAAUGGGGUGCAUGUUCAAGCAAGCAAUGGACCUGUAGCAGAUCCAAACAUGACGUCCACAACAGAUAUUGUUACACUCAAGCCUCCUCAUCCGGGCACCAACUUGGUAUGCCCAAACAUGCCUGCUGGUCUGGACCCAAGCGACUUUACCGACGUCAAGUUUAUUCUUGUCUUCGCCCCGCCCAUAAACUUCACGGAUAUGAUGUCCACGUCUCUCGACACGAGGCAACACCUUGAAAACGUCACUGAGGAGAUGGCCUCUGGAAGCUUUCCAGCAGACGUAGCUGCAACAGUGGCUAACAUCUGGCCAAAGGAGAUUGAGAUAAGCUUCACCAUUCAUAAGGAUGUAAACAGAAAGGACAUCAACAUGACGGCUGAGGCAGAAGAGUUCUAUACAGAUUGGACUGAUGGUAGGGUUGUCUUGGACAUCCCGGGAACAGGAGUACCGAUGAAGCCGGCUCAAGUUUCCUACGAACGGGGUUUCUGGAGCAUCUGCCAACAGGACUGUUCAACAAUUGUAUCCGAAGACUCAUGCGAAUCCGUCCCGAGCUGUGGUUGGUGCACGCUGAACGAGGGUCCCGAAUGUGGAGACAACUGUUAUUUGGUGGAAAGCAUAGACAUGUCGGCGUUCUUUCCCUGCAUGUUCAUCCCUACCGACGUUAACGUUACAUCCCAGAUGCAACAGGAUGUUGCGGACAGUUUCCUAACUUCUCUACGCAAUGCUCUCCAAAGCAGGGGGUUUCAGGUCCCUGAAAAAGUCAUCCAUGCCGUGCAAGUUGGAAGAGAUACCAUCGACUUUAGGAUACAGAGAACGAUGGGAUACCAGAACCUGACGGGCCUGCAAAGCGCCAUUCAAGAGAUCCUCUCCUGGGACGAGGAAUUCACCGUCAGCCAUGAUGUGGACGGACAACAUGUGGAGUACAGAGCAGCAAAUCCUGACGACGAGUUUAACAACACAGUAAAGUUUGAGAUCAGCCUAGAAGACGUCAACGGUGAUGAUAUAGAUCUCAACAACAUUAUGGAGUCGAACUUUACUCUCCGUGACGUUUUGGAGCAGGACAUCAUCAACUUUGUCAGCAACACGCUCGGUCCUUCGUCCGUCGCCACUCUGAACUUGGACAACAUAUGGAUACAGAGCAACUACUGCACCUUCAGUAUCAGCGUCCCACUAGACCAGGUACAUGCGAUAGAGGCAGAGGCCAGGAGGCUCGUGAGCAACAUAGGAAACUUCAACAUCAACGUGGGAAGCCUUCAAGCUACCGCAGUGGACUACAAGAGCACCGAAAGCUGUGACUUUUGUCCCCCUGUCUGUGCACCAAGAGAUACGCAAGCGUGCUAUACACAUACCUCCUGCCAGUGGUGUGUGUUCGAAGGUGCGCCGCACUGCGGGGCUGACUGCCUGCUGCAAGAAACGGAAUAUGAGUUGAGCGUGUCAUGUCCAUGCCUAUCGGAGCCCAUUGGGUCGGAGCAGCAACUUCAGGACAGUUUCCGUGAUCGAGUACUCCAACUUCUGAGAGAAAGAUACGGCGGGUGGAACUCUGCAAAGACUAUCAACAGUGUCCACAUUACACCCCCUACCAUCACAUUCUCCCUGAAAAGCAGCAUGCAGCAGAGGAUCACUCCUGACGUCAUAAGCUUCCUAAGUAACAUGUCCAUUUGGAAUGGCAUCACCAUCACCGAUGGUUUCAACCAGUACGAAGUGAUGGAGCCGACUGCCCCAACUGACUUGUAUGUAACAAUGGAAUUCCAAAAUGUGGACUUUACGAACUUGGUUACGCAGCACUCGGUGUCGGCGGUUCACCUGCUUCCUCGGCUCAAAACCACGCUGGGGAGUAUUGGAGUCUCCCAAGAAUGUGUGGACACAACAAAGAUAUUGGGAACACAAGAUAAUUUUCUUGAAUUCUCCAUGACAAGGGCUUGGGACAGCACAGUUAACUUAACUGUUGAAGUAAAAAAGCUCAUGGAAGCCAGCAGAAACGGAGAAUUCGUUCUGAACCUGAAGCCGGGAUGGCCAGUGAGUAAAAACGUCAUCUGGACAGAGACUUUUGACAGCAUCUGCCCUUCCGUGAGUACCAUGGAAUGUACGUGUCCCAGUCCUACAGAAGGCACCUUCGCUCUCGUGUACGAGGGCCAGGCUACAGGACUGUCCACCGCGGACAAGCUCGGCCUUGCAGUCGGUUUACCCAUAGCGCUGGCGGCCCUGGCAGCCCUCGGAGUUCUGCUGCUGUUUUACCUGAAGAAGAAGAAAGGGUCAUACCGCCCGCCUACAAAGUACCGCGGGCGUACCGUCUCUCCCAUCAUCGAGUCCUUCGAGACCAACAUCUACAGUGCCUCCAUUGACGACAACCUAAGUCACCAGUUCGGUAAGAAGGGAGCCCAGCUGAACCGUUUCCGGGACCCAGACGCCGUGUACGGGAGGCUGUCGUACUCCCCGCCGCCCAGCACGGCAAGCUCCACCCUGACUAGCGAGAUGUCAAUUCCUGGGACACCGGACAACUUUUAUUAGUACAACUCUAAUGAUCUUAGAUGUCAUGUGUGCUAGCCUGUGUUACACACUCCCUUGUUGUCAAUGGUUGAUUGUACCCCCUGUCUGAUCAUCUUGACAACUUGUAGGCGUUCACCUAUAAUACAGGAUGUUGUAAAAAUAUGAAUUGUCAAUAGGACAUCAGGUUUCUUUCCAACCAUGAAACCAGUCAUCACAGCUAAUCUCCAAGCAAAUCCUACGGUAUCAUAAGGUAGUAUCAAAAGCUGGCAGAGGAGUAAAGCCGGCAUAGGAGUUUGCAACCGACGCCCAUCUGACUCCCUCUGGCCGGCUAUACCCCUUGGCCAACUAUCUAAUGGCAUCGUAGGAUCUGCUUUGUAGAUUAGUCACAGCCUCCUACACCAUGAUAACAGAUAAGUCUCAGUAUAUAAUGACUAUGAUGACUGGUCCGUGAUAUCAUAUUUGCAUAAAUCAUCAGCAUUAGAAAUCCCCUUAUUCUCCGACUUAAAAGUGCUAGUGUUGGCCAUCAAAGUUACUUCAGCCGAAUCGGUGAAAGCGCUACAAGGGGAGUGAUUUAUUGGUCAGGCUGUUGUGUGUAAGUGUGUUUGUUUGUUUGUUUGAUUAAUUAUUUCAAUGUAGCUUUCUUAAAAUGUCUGCGUUGCCAUUUUUGACCAUGAAGGCACAAUGGUACGCUUUUAUCAGUUUUUUUAUCCCAAGCAGUAGUCACCAUAUUGAAAACUUAAUCAGCAGACGAAUAAAUUGCCAGCCUGUCAUGUUUGUGUUUGAUACAUGUCAGUGGGGUUUAGAAAGACAUGGGGGCUGCGUAUGAUCUCAGGAUGAUUACACAGCCAUUAGCAGAUAAAGCCCCAUGUUCGACAUACAUUUGCUUGGAGUGCGAUAAAUGUAUGUGAUACACGUUCAUGGUACAUUUCUAGCUUUUGUUAAUUCCUGUCACAAAAAGAAUAUUUUUAAUUAUAGCGUAUUUGUUGACUGAAAAUCACAUGCACAAUUGGGUCCAACUUCAAUUUAUGUGAUAAGAUUCUUGGUUUAUUUUGACAUGCAUAAUGUUAAUCUUCAUACACGACUGUUCUAUUUGCUAAGAUGCCACGCCACGCAAAAACAUAACUAACAGAAGAAUAUGUUAAAUCGUGAUCGGGUUCGUUAGAUGUGGAUGGACUUUAGAUGGGCUUUUUCUGUGGGUGAUCUAAAGAUAAUUGUUCAAACAAAGCCGCAAUCCGCUAGAGCUCCGCGUUUGACCUACAUUUUACUUUUGCUUAGAGUACAAUAAAUGCGAGUAAUAAAAA